GAUUCCCGGUCCAUCCAGAAGUGUUGGCAACGCCCAAGUCGACCUCGUGUUCACCGACCAGCCAAAAACCGACUGUCAUCAGCUCCGAUCUCUCUUGUCUGCAACGCACGGCUCGCGCUUAUUUAAUUAUAUUCCUUUCUGUGGUCGGAAAUGAGUGAGCAAAGUCAGCAAGCCCCCUUCCUGGGCAAACUCGUUCCUGGUCAUAUAAAGCGUGUGACAGCAGGUCCCCCUGACUUAAUCGGUCGGACAAGUUUGUUGCCAUCUCGAUGGAACAUACAGAAGGAAAUAAGUGGGUGUUGGAGCUCAUACAACUCAGCCGUGAUGUGCUCAAGCAAUCAUACAGCCCUUACAGCAAAUUCCCAGUAGGCGCUGCUCUGCUCACCACCGAUGGAACCAUCUACACUGGCUGUAAUGUGGAGAAUGCAUGCUACAACCUUGGAAUUUGUGCUGAGCGAACAGCUAUUUUUAAGGCUGUCUCCGAGGGUCAUCACAGCUUCAAAGCCAUAGCCGUGGCAGCGUCCAGUGACGUUCUUGAUGACUUCAUCUCACCAUGCGGAGCAUGCCGGCAGGUCAUGCGAGAGUUUGGCACAGAAUGGACGGUUAUCUUGACAGCUCGACAUGGCUCUUCAUAUCGUGCAUACUCGGUGGAAGAGCUGCUGCCCAUGUCCUUUGGUCCUCACCAUCUCAACCAGAAUAAGAUUCCUCUUGGAAGCAUUGUGGCAGAAGUGCAGGAAAAAAAUAAUCACUGAAAAUAUUCAAUCAUGCAACCCAGCAACUUUACAGAGCAUGGCCUGCACAUCAGGGUCAACUAUUAGGCCAUUUAUGUUAUUGUUAUAUACUUUUCAGUCCACCCUUCCACUGGGAUUUGAUUCAUUUUCUUGCUCAUAUUUACAAAUCAAUAUUUAUCUCUACUUUAUUUUGUCUAUGCAUUGUAAAUUGCAAUACAUAUUCCGAAUAAAGACAAAUACACAGGUGCCUUAGGUGACCCCAGAAUGCAUAAUAAAUGCAUCUGGCCCCAAUCAGCUAAUUUGUAUUUUUUAUAAGGACUAAUCAGUGAAAAUUGCAUAAAAACUCACACAUUUAACUAACUUAGCUUUAGUGUCGCGUAUGUAAGGUAUACAUGCCUGUAUAUGUAGUACAUAAUACAUACGAAAUAAUGUAUAUCUGUGUAAAUAAUUAUAUAAAAUGGUGAUUUCAAAUAGAUUGUUUUAUAAAUGUGUAUCAUUGGCCAUGGUGUAUCCCCUGCUGCGUAAUUUGUCGCCAUAAUUUUAUGGUCCUUUGAAAGCACAACCAAUCUCACGCUUGCACAUUAACUCAUCUAAUCACCUUAUCAAAAGAACGCUGGCGAACAGAGUGGAACAACGCAGAUGUCCAGAAUAAAGACCUCAUUCGAGAUCCAAACAUCGCACCUCCUGGCUUUGACAGUCCACGAUGGUGUACCAUCAACUGCAUCAGAACAUCAACAUGCCGAUAUACGUAUCUCCUUCAUAAAUGGAAGAUUAAGACUAUGGACCUUACCGUUAACCACAAUAGCAUGCAUUCCUCAAACGGACUAGCAAAACUACACGAACUGUCCUGAAGCCCUCUCGUGGCUAACAGACAUCGACGUUGGCAUUUAGCUCCUGAACAUAUUGCCAUACGAAAUUAUAUAAUACAUUCACCUGAUAAAUAUCUGCAGUAGUCAAAUUCUCAGGCACGUUUUAACCACGAGCUGCCAUUCUGUUCACGAGUCUUGUUCAUCAGUCAUUCAUCCAAUAUUAUAUCCGAUUCAUGUUCUCUGAUCCACGUGCUAUUCUAUGUAGUUCAGUGUAAUUCUGAUCAUGCAUCUUUCCAUACUACUUUGCCUACUUUUAAGUUCGUAUUCAAGUUUGUCUGUGUAUCUUAUCCAUAUCAUAGCUGGUAGUAUACACUGAUUGAAUAAAUUUUUUUAAGUAAUAUCGACUGGUAUGCUGCAAAUAAUUGUUGAAUUCCAAUUUAUAUCGUAUGAUUAGCUGAUUGUGACCGAGCAACUGAUGCAUAUUCUUUGGCUUUAACAUUUGAAAUAUAGCACAAAUGUAGUCACGUUGCAAACGACCUGGAGUUGAUUUUGGUGCAGAUACCGAGGUGUGGUUACUACAUGGUAGAAUAAGUGUUUGAGAUUAUUGGAAUACUUUAUCAACACCAAUGUGAGUGCCGUAUUAAUUAUAUUAAAUGUUGCAAUCGGCGACCACGACAUUGAAAGUGUUUUUUUUAACCUCAUGUAUUCUUUUAUCACCGCAAUAAACCGUUUCACCCUCAGCAGUCCUGCUUCUAAUUAUGUACUUAAAUGUAAACUUUAAGCACAGCAAUUCGUGCAACAUUUCACAGCAGUUAUCAACUUCGGACGCUGUGAGGUGAGGCAUGUUUCCGACGUUCUCUCUUGCUAAGCAUGUGUAAUAAAGCACUUCCACGAC